AUGCAAUGGAUAACACGAUCAAAUAAUUCAUGGCCUGAUAACGACGUUAAAGAUUCAAUUGUUCAACACGGUACUGUGUUUGUACCAAUAGAAAUUUCACCUUCAAUAUGGAGACCAGAAAAUCUGCUAUGUAAUUUCAUGAGAUGCUUUAAGAGACUUAUUUACUCUGUUGAGAACUCAGCUUGUCCGCAUUACUUCAUUCCUGAAAAUAAUUUAUUUGAGAACAAGAUCAAAGAAAACGCACAACAAAAACUUAUAAAUAAGCUACAUAUUCUAAAUAGUUAUGUUUGUUGA